AUGAACUCGUGCAUUCCUGGAUUUGUUAUACAGUUGGAAACAUUGCCAAUUAUUACAGAGGACGGAACCCAAUUGGAUGACAAAUGGAAAUUUCACCGACUUUUUUGGGUAUUUGAACCGUGUAUCCGUGGUUUUAGUCACUGUAAACCAAUUGUGCAAAUUGACGGAACCUGGUUGUACGGAAAGUACAAAGGGACUUUGUUGAUGGUUGUGGCACAAGAUGGAAAUGGUAACAUUUUCCCGAUAGCAUUCGCAUUGGUUGAAGGAGAGACAAAGGAUGGUUGA